UCGUUGCUAGCUACUUUUAUCAAUUGUUUGAUGUGGAAAUUGUCUGCUUUGCUUACCAUUAGCUUAAUUCUAUUUUUACUCCAAUGGGUUUUUCUCAUAUUAACGCUUUAUCGCUUAUCUUCUAUUUACAAGCCUUUCGCCAUUUGUCUAUAAAAGCUCUAACAGGCAAAUGAGAGUCAGCCCAAAAUAGACGAGCUUGACUUGUUGCUGAGAAGCAGUUGCUGACAUUACCAUGUUGCUGAAAACUACGGUUCUAUUAUCCCACCGGGCCCUUGCGCCUUUUUGUGGCACUUCUAGCACCCUCCAAUGUGCCAAGCAGCUCAGUACUUACGCUGAAAUAGCGCGUCAGAGAAGAUCCCUCCAGGGUCGAGUGGCUGUCCUGACCGCGUCAACUGAGGGAAUUGGAUUUGCAAUGGCCCAACGUAUGGCGUUAGACGGAGCUCACGUUGUCAUCAGCAGUCGGAAUCAGGAAAAUGUCGAUGCGGCGCUCGAGAAACUGAAAAGCCAAGGUUUCUCUGCUUCCGGAAUGGUUUGCCACGCAGGUGUCAAGGAAGAUCGUGAAAAAUUGAUUGCUAAAACAGUCGCUGACUUUGGAGGAUUCGAUAUUUUGGUAUCGAAUGUUGCCGUUAAUCCAGGUGGAGGUGGACGCCUUAUGAAAUGCACCGAAGAUGUGUGGGAUAAGAUAUUCUCCGUCAACUUCAAGUCUUGUUUUUUCCUGGCCAAAGAAGCUCUUCCCUACAUGGAGAAGAGAGGUAAAGCAUCCAUCAUUUUCAACUCGUCGAUUGUGGGAUUUAUUCCAAACUACGCAAUUGAGUUCAUGGGAGCGUACGCACUCAGCAAAACGGCUCUCCUGGCCUUGACCAAAUUAAUGGCUAUUGAAUUAGGCCCAAGAGGAAUUCGUGUGAACUGCAUCGCCCCUGGUUUAGUUGACACCCGCUUUGGUUCUGCGAUUGCCAGCGAUGAACGAGCUCAACAAGUUAUUCAACGAAAUUGUCCGCUCCAAAGAAAUGGGACACCGGAAGAAAUGGCUGGUUUGGCAUCGUUUUUAGCAUCCGAUGACUCGUCGUACAUAACUGGAAGCAAUAUCGUUGCUGCUGGUGGACUUCACUCCUCGUUGUAGCCAUCGAUUUCGCCAUGGCAUUAAGGUUCAGCAUUAACUUAAUCUACUGUUGUCUUCCAGAUACAGUAUAAAAAAUAAUAGGUUUAAUCUGAACAAGGUCUACUUUGUUCGGUAUUGCAAUAAUAUUGGUUUUCAACAGAUAAAAAUUUUGUAGAUCAAACCAGUUGAUCUCCUUUUGCACCUCAUGGUUGUUGAUAUUUUUUGGCAAUUACAUGAGCAUACUUAUCA